CCUAUUAUUAACUAUAGUUGGUUUAUUAAAUAAUUAAAGGCUGUCUGAGCUUAGAAUAAAAGGCAUUAUGAAUUAAAUUUGUGUAAUCUUGCACCAUUAUGUAAUACGCUAUCGCCGAUAAAGCGAGAAUUCAGACUGCAGGUAACCGGCAAGGCGAGGAAUGUAAACAUAUCGCUCCCUUCAGCUGCCUUCUUGUCCUGUCAAGAAUAGACGUCGCAGACACCACAUUUUAAAGCAAAUCGAGACCAUUUCAAGGCACCAUGACAGACGAUAAUGAAAAGGGAGGAGAUGGUCCCAGCAAGAAAGCUUUGAAGAAAGCACAGAAAGCAGCAGAAAAAGCUGCCAAGAAGGCGGAACAUAAGGCUCAAAAUGCUUCUCAGUCAGAUGCACAGGAAGCAUCAGAGGAGGAUUGUGCUGUUGGUCAUUAUGGGAAUUUGGUCAUGAAUCGUAGCCAAGAAAAGAAGCCUGUCACUCACAUGGAAAUAAAAGAGCUUGGCAAAAAUUUGGCCAGUGAAUCUGUGUUAUUGAGAGCACGGCUUCAUACAAGUCGUGGAAAAGGUAAACAGGCUUUCUUUGUGCUAAGAAGCAGACAGCACACUGUUCAGUGUGUUAUUGCUGUUGGAGAGAAGGUGUCCAAGCAGAUGAUUAAAUUUGUUUGUAAUAUAACCAAGGAAAGUCUCAUUGAUGUUCAAGGGAAGGUUGCUGUAGCUGAACAGAAAGUUGAAGCAUGCACAGUACAAGAUGUGGAAGUCCAUGUUACAGAUGUGUUUGUUGUCUCUGCUGCCUUACCUAGACUUCCACUACAGAUUGAGGAUGCCAUGCGUCCAGAUACAGAUGACCCUGAAGGCCUCCAUGUCAAAGUAAAUCAAGAUACUAGAUUAGACAACCGUAUCUUGGACUUGCGCACACCCACAAACCAGGCAAUCUUCAGAUUACAGGCAGGUGUAUGUCACCAGUUUAGAGAAGCCUUAAGAGCCAGAGGUUUCAUUGAAAUUAUGUGUCCCAAGUUAAUAUCAGCAGCAUCUGAGGGUGGAGCAAAUGUGUUUGGAAUGAAGUACUUUGAGAAGGAAGCAUUUCUGGCACAAAGUCCACAGUUGUACAAGCAGAUGGCCAUUGCAUCUGAUUUUGGAAAAGUAUUUACAAUUGGUCCUGUUUUUAGAGCUGAAAAUUCAAACACUCACAGACAUCUUACAGAGUUUGUUGGCUUGGAUUUAGAGAUGGCUUUUACGCAUCAUUACCAUGAAGCUAUGUAUGCCAUUGGAGAUAUGUUCACAAGUAUUUUUAGAGGUCUUCGAGAUGAUCACGCUGUAGAUAUUGCCACAGUUAACAAGCAGUUCCCUUCAGAACCAUUUAAAUUCCUGGAUCCACCUUUGUGUCUAACAUUCCGAGAAGGUGUUCAGAUGUUGCGAGAAGCUGGAAUAGAGAUGGAUGAGACAGAGGACCUGAGUACACCAAAUGAAAAGUUACUUGGAAGGUUAGUGAAAGCCAAGUAUGACACUGACUUCUAUAUUUUAGACAAAUUCCCCUUGGCAGUUCGACCAUUCUACACAAUGCCAGACCCAGAUGAUCCCAAAUGGAGCAAUUCUUAUGAUAUGUUUAUGCGUGGAGAAGAGAUUUUAUCAGGAGCACAACGAAUUCAUGAUCCAGAUUUUUUGGUGGAGAGAGCAAAUGCACAUGGUAUUCCAAUUGAUACUAUUCAGUCAUACAUAGAUUCUUUCAAAUUUGGAUGCCCUCCCCAUGCUGGAGGAGGAAUUGGAUUAGAACGAGUAACAAUGCUUUACCUUGGCCUAGAUAAUAUCCGGAAAACUUCACUGUUCCCACGUGAUCCUAAAAGGCUUACUCCUUAGAGUGUUUGUGUGCCUAAUAUUGCAAUGUCUCUUGCUCAACUAGUUGUGAAAGCAGAGAUAGAUUUCAAUUUCAUGGUUUGGGUUUUUAUUACUUCAUCUGUUGCACACUUUUAGUCACAAAUUUAUUUGGUAUAAAACAGAAUACUAAAGCAAAGUAUUGGUGUGUGGAUGUUAUCAACAUUUUUAAUUUUUGGUUGGUCAUAUAUCAAUGGAAAUGAGGGUAAUUACAAAUACAUAUACUAUAUACCAUAUGUAUUAAGAGUCUUGGAAGAAAUCUAUACAGUAUUAAGGGGAGCGCUGAUGCCAUAAGGCCCUAUUAUAAAGUAAAUCACUAUUUCUACCUUAUGAAUGAAGGGAUUUGCUUAAAAUUUUUACCACUUAUUCUACAACUAAUAAUGAAAAUUCUCUUAUGGGGAAAUAUAGAAAUUCGACCUCUUAGCUCAUUUCUUUUGCAGCUGAAAAAUUAAUAUGCAAAAUUAAAAAUUGCACAUACUAAUAGGGAUUUUCCCAAUGACAAAAUAAUUAAAUUCAAUUUAAUUUGGUUCAGUCUUCUUAGAGAAAUAAGCAUUUAGUUUUAAAAAUGUAAGUUUUGAGAAAACAGGAAAACAAAGAUUGUGUGGACCCAAAAUCCUUAGAGAAUCUGGACAUUUUGAGCAAUUGAUCCUAUAUAUCAUUAUAACCCAUUUUCUCCGUCAUGCCCCCUAGAGAGAAUGGGAUAUUUUAGUUGGUGACAAUUAAUUUUGAAUAAAUAUUGUUCAAGCUUGUUUUACAUACUUUUUUCAGAAUUUGCCAUUCACAGUGCCCAACAAGCGAUGAAAAAAAAUGCCCAUGAAUCAAUCUAAAAAAAAUUUUUUUAGUAAUACAUUUCAGUACUGUUCAUUUACAUGUAAAACAGUCCAAAAUAGUGUAUAACUCAAACUUGCAAUUUACAAUUUGUCGUUCACAGUGCCAUACAAGCAAUGAACAAUAUUGUCCGUGAACCAAUCCGUAAGAUUUUUUUUUAGCAAUGAUGUUUCUAGAUAUGUUUAUUUACACAUAAAACACUCCAAAACAGUAUAUAACUUACUUGAUCCUAUCUUGAAUUAUUCAUACACAUAUUUUACAAGGUAUUUUUACAAUAUGUGGUUCAGUGUGUCAUAAGCGAUGAACAAAAUUGUCAAUAAACCAAUCUAAAAAGACAUUUUUUUUUUUACCAUAAUCACUUCAGGAUGUUUAUUUAGACAAAAAAGUUGAAAAAUGUUAAUAACUAAUAUUCGAUAAUUCCUCAUAAUUCGGUGGUUGGCGCGCCCCUUAAACGAUUUAUCUUUUUGCUAGUUAUUACAUUUUUGCAGAAUGGAUUUCCUAUAAAGUACAUAUGUAACUACAAGAAAAAGAUUCACCAUUAUUUUGUCUUAUUACAGGAAUUUUUAUUAUCUUGGGUAAAUGUAUGCCAGAAGAACGCAAGGGGAAGGAAAAGAGAAGUUUAGAUUUGGAAAUUUAUGUUUGCAGGGAUAAUGCCAUCCAGUUCUUUAAAUUUUUUGACAUUACAGAUAGUAUUUUUAGAAUAAUUGUCCUCUGAAUAUCUUGGUUACAGCAAAUUUUGAGAUUUAGUAGAUGACACAAGAAAUUACAGUAUUAAGGAUAUAUUCUUUUUUGAUGUUGAAAGUACACGUAUUUGUUAUUUUUUUGUAUUAUUUUAUAGAUGAAUAUAAUUCUAAACGUAUUGUAGAAAGUUUUUACUUGAAUAUUAGCAUGUUAUCAUUUUCAACAAUUCUUGCAAGAAGAUUUUGAAAACAAAAAUCCUCCAUCUCCUCAGGGACAAGUAUGUACCUGUUACAAACUAUUAAUUUCAAUAGUUGUCGUAUAUGACUAUAAACCCAGAGUAUUACAUAGUAAUUAUGAUAUUGCCACAUUUUAUAUGGCACGCCACGUAAGUAAUUUUGGUGAAAAAAUUUUAAUUGUUACGCAUCAAUACAAUUUGGUUUGUCACAGUAUAUGUAUGGUACAACAUGAUUGUUUUUAAUACACAAGAAGUAAUAAAUGAUUUUUAAUGU